CCGGACCGAAGUCGACAAGCACCAGCUCAAAUCUUUCACGGAACGAAAACUAGAGGCGGCUUUUGGUGGGAUGCCGGCGACCCGCCCUUCCACCGAACUUUCGAAUUCUGUUGGCUAGCGUUUGAGUCCAUAAACCAAUGGCGGUGGCCGAGCACGGAUAAGCCCGACCCAGUACAUCCUUUCCGUCGGCUCUCCGCCUUUGAACUGGAGGGGAGAGCUCAUUUUUUACUUAGUCAUUGGCUAUAACAGUCGUCACUCUCCUGAUGCCUUAGCCCGACUUGGUGAUUGGUCCCGCCCAGGCGCGAAAUGUAACGCGGGAAAGUCUAGGAUUCGGUAGAGUCGGGGCUGCCGCUAGCCACCUUUGGGAAGAGGCCGCGGCUGCUACCCGGUGGGAAUCGGAGUGAGGUUGUCUGCCAGUCUGCAUCCCUGUAAAAGCUCUUUGCAGCUUCUCUGUAAUGCAGGCUUGAGGCGUUCCUGCCGGACCGUAGGAAAAGUCGGGAGCCGCAGCGCCGGAUCGGUUUGGAAAGGGGACGUAUUCUGGUGCAGGAUGUCUGAGAGGCCGGGCCCUGCGCCUGUGAUCUUGUUUUCAGGGGAUUCACCGAAGCGCGUCUUGGUCUCUGUCAUCAAAACCACCCCUGUCAAGCCGCCCCGCAGAGGCAACGAGGUCACUCGAGCUCCUCCACCGCCGCCCAUCCCCACCAGUCCAGGCUUCAGCGACUUCAUGGUGUACCCCUGGCGCUGGGGAGAGAACGCGCACAACGUCACUCUUAGCCCUCCGCCGGCUACCACUCAGCCUCUCUGCCAUGGAGGGGGUGGGAGCAGCCACCGGGCCCGAGAUGCAGGUGGCCGUUCGGGCGCAGACGACGAAGAAGCCGGCAGCCCGGACAGCGGCAUUGGGAGCAGCGGGCACCUGAGGGAUGGGAUUAGAAGAGGCCGACCAAGAGCAGACACCGUUCGAGAUCUAAUAAGUGAGGGAGAGCAUUCUUCUAGCAGAAUUCGCUGUAAUGUUUGCAACAGAGUCUUUCCACGAGAGAAAUCCUUACAGGCACACAAAAGAACUCAUACUGGUGAAAGGCCUUAUUUGUGUGACUACCCUGAGUGUGGGAAAGCUUUUGUUCAGAGUGGGCAACUUAAAACACAUCAACGUCUCCAUACAGGAGAAAAACCUUUUGUCUGUUCAGAAAAUGGAUGUGUAAGCAGAUUUACACAUGCAAACCGUCACUGUCCCAAGCAUCCCUAUGCAAGGCUGAGGAGAGAAGAACCUACGGACAGGCUAAAUAAAAAACAAACAGCAGAUAACAAAGCUGUUGCUGAAUGGCUGGCAAAAUACUGGGAGAUGAGAGAGCAACGCGCUCCUACAUUGAGAAGCAAAACUAUUCAUAAGCCUGAUCAGGAGCAGCAAGAUCCCUUGGGGUAUCUCCAGUCUGAUGAUGAUGAGGAGGAGGAAAAGAGUACUACCCAUUCAGCUGCCUGUAGCCGCCUUCAGGAACAGCGUGAACGCUUGCAUGGAGCACUAGCACUCAUAGAGCUUGCAAACCUUGAUGGAGCUCCACUGCGACAGUAGUAGAAAAACAACCUGCUGAUAAAUGUACUGCAUUUUGGUACUUAAACCAGUUAGCUCCUCAGCAUAAGCUAAGCACCUUAUUUGCUUUCAUAGGCUGCUAUUCUGUAGAAUUUAUGAAGAAUGUUGUUGCCCUGAGAAGAUGGGGUAAGAGAAUUGCACUUUUUUUGUAAGGUAAAGUCAGAUAUAAAGCUUUUUAAAGUAUUUUGUAAAUAGACUGCGUAAUGCAGGGUGAAAAAUUCAUUAUAUAGAAUGCUAGAUUUGCAAGGUUAGGGCUGUGCUGCUAUUCACAAUUACAUGGAAGUAAGCAACUGUGCUAUCAGGGGAACUUUCCUUCAUGUAAAAGUGUUUAAAUCAGAUUGCCAGUCUUUCUUUGAUGCAAUCCUCACAGGAAGCACUUUCUGAACUCAUCGCUUUAAAGUAACGGUACAUGUAUUAAAAGGAAAUAGUCAAAAGACUAUUUUAAAGUUGGCUGUAAGUAGGGACUGUGAUUUUCAAAUGUCAAUAUUUUAUCUAGCAUUACUGACAAGGGUUCUAGAACAGCAGUCUUAACCUUGUAGUGGCUUUGAAGAACCAGGUGAUGUGUUGUUCAGGAUCGUUACUGUGGUUGCUGACAUUAAGACUGACUUUGCUGAUGUGGACUGAGAUCUUGGCAGUCUCUUAGUUCAGUAGCACUUCUUGUUCCUUACGGAAUGUUGGGAAUGUUUGCACAUUGUUGGACUUGCCUAUAACUUUGUGAUGUAGUCUUGCAAAUUCUAGGCAUCAUGGUAACAUCACCCAGGAUGUGGAUUUUUUUCAGACUUCAUAGACCCUGUAACAAUGGCAUUUGUAUUUUGUUAAUAGGGAUAUUUGCAGGAUAGUCUUGGUUUAUAGUAAAAUAUUUAAUAAGACUCAUUAGCAAACACUAAAAGUACUGCUUCAAAACUUUCUUGCAGAUUUUUUUCUUGCAUAACGCCACCUUAUUGCUUUAUUUCAAAAUUACAUGCUAAAAGUUUGUGUUCACUAACUGAAGCACAGUUACUGAUUAAAGUUGCAAAAAGUGUUGGCUGUACAGCUAGGAAUAUAGGCUUCCAGCAGUAGCUGAAGUGUGAAAUGUGUGGCAUAGUAUUUUUUUC